AUGCGGUCUCACUCUAACUGGAUCAAGGCCAACUGCAAGAAGCCGCCUAUGUGCCCCAUCUGCGAGAGGACAUUCAAGGAGUUCAAACACGCGCGCUGGCUGAAACUGCACAUGCGGUCUCACUCUAACUGGAUCGAGGCCAACUGCAAGAAGCCGCCGAUGUGCCCCAUCUGCGAGAGGACAUUCAAGGAGUUCAAACACGCACGCUGGCUGAAACUGCACAUGCGGUCUCACUCUAACUGGAUCAAGGCCAACUGCAAGAAGCCGCCGAUGUGCCCCAUCUGCGAGAGGACAUUCAAGGAGUUCAAACACGCGCGCUGGCUGAAACUACACAUGCGGUCUCACUCUAACUGGAUCAAGGCCAACUGCAAGAAGCCGCCGAUGUGCCCCAUCUGCGAAAGGACAUUCAAGGAGUUCAAACACGCGCGCUGGCUGAAACUGCACAUGCGGUCUCACUCUAACUGGAUCAAGGCCAACUGCAAGAAGCCGCCGAUGUGCCCCAUCUGCGAGAGGACAUUCAAGGUAUGUGCAGAUUGUAAGAGAGAGACAGACAACCUGUGCCACAAGGAGUUCAAACACGCGCGCUGGCUGAAACUGCACAUGCGGUCUCACUCUAACUGGAUCAAGGCCAACUGCAAGAAGCCGCCGAUGUGCCCCAUCUGCGAGAGGACAUUCAAGGGUCCAGGGAUGUUAAAAAUGCACAUGCGAACACACGAGCAGCGGCCGCCCAAACAGCCAACAUGCUCGGUCUGCCAACGGAACUUCCCCACCAAAACCCUGCUGUACCGACACAGGCAGACCCACUUCGAGCAGAAAACACACCAGUGCUCAGUUUGUGAGAAGAGGUUGGUACUAUACGAAACACAAGUAGCAAGUAGCUCGGUCUGA